UGUUGCGGAGAAUAAGAACCUGAUGAAUAAAGAAGAUGCUUUCCCACAACUUUUUCUUCAAACUGUUGACAAAAAGGAGGUCUGUGAUCAUGUGCCACCAUGAUUUAGUCAAUUCCCAUCCCCCACAUAGAAAAUGCACACAAGCAAAAAUCAGUUAUUCUAGAGGAAUAUAUGCUCUGCCUUUGAGCCUAAAGAAGCAUCUGAAAACAGAGCAUUUUGAUGGAGGAAACAGAGCAAAGCUUAAGAUAGAGGAAAAAUGGAGAAGUAGUUUGCAGUUAUGUUAAUCAAAGAAUAAUCUUUAUGUGAUUUGGCAUUAUAAUAUAGAGCAUAACUUGAGAUAAAAUCCAAGUCUGUAGCAGCAGCCUUUUCUAAUUCAACAAAUUAAAACCUAAUUAUGUCACACCCAAAUUUCAUUUUUUUUUUGGAGAAACAUGUGGUGUAAACAGGAAGUUGUAGCAAAGAAUUUUUGUAAAAUAAAAAAGGAGGUACAAAACGAAAAGUGGGAAGAAUAAACAAUGGAAAAAGUGAGAAAAAACUUCUUAAGAGAGAAUGGAAUCCAGCCUCUUUCUCUCUCUCCACAUCACACACCACCACAAAAUUCCACCAUUUCUGAUCACAAUCUCUUGAAAGAAGUGAAAUUAGCACACGAUAACAGCACAAAACCAGGUAUUAAGCGAUUUCCCCAAUCCCAAAAAGAUUGAAAGUUAAGCAUCCUCAAAAAGCUAUGAACACAUAGCAAUGGCCUCCGACCAGCCUCCGCCGCCCUCCGACCAGCCCAAUCCGCCGCCCGCCACCGUCAGGAAGCUCAUUGUGGAGGUGAUCGAGGCGCGAGACCUCCUCCCCAAGGACGGACAGGGCAGCUCCAGCGCGUAUGUCGUCGCCGAUUUUGAUGGACAGAAGCGGCGGACUGGCACUGUGCCGAGGAAUCUCAAUCCGGUGUGGAAUGAGGUGUUGGAUUUCGUGGUUUCGGAUCCGAAGACGAUGGAGUUUGAGGAGCUGAAUGUGGAGGUUUUCAAUGAUAAGAAGCUUAGUAAUGGCAAUGCGAGGAAGAAUCAUUUCCUCGGGAGAGUGAAAUUGUAUGGAUCGCAGUUUGUUAGGAGAGGGGAGGAAGGAUUGGUGUAUUUUACUUUGGAGAAGAAGAGUGUUUUCAGUUGGAUUAAAGGGGAAUUAGGGUUGAAGAUUUAUUACUACGAUGAAAUUACGGAGGAGCCACCUCCGCCGCCACCGGAAGAGCAGCCUCCGCCGCCGGAGCAGCAGCAUCCACCGCCGCUACAACCGGAGGAAAUGAUGAAGAAGCCGGUUUUUGUAGUCUCGGAUGAGCAUCAGCCUCCGCCGCCGCAAAUGGAGCUGCGAGAUCAUGCGCCUCCGAUGGUCAGGAUUCAUGAGCCGCGGAUUGUUCACGAACCGCCACCGGAAAAUCCGCCGCCGCCGGAGAAUAUUCCGCCGCCAGGAUUCUCUCCGGAUAUGAGGAGAAUGCAGAUGGGAGGAAACCCCAUGGUUGGGGAGAGAAUGAAGGUGCUAAGGCGGCCGGGGAAUGGCGAUUACUCGCCGAGGAUUAUCGCCGGGAAAUUCAAAGGAGACACGUCGGAGAGGAUUCAGGCGUUUGAUUUGGUGGAGCCGAUGCAGUAUCUAUUCGUGAGAAUCGUGAAAGGCCGCGGCCUCAGCCCUAGCGAAAACGCGCACGUCAAAGUCCGAACGUCGGGAAACAUAGUGCGAUCGAAGCCGGCAAUUCCUCCUCCCGGCGGCGAUCCAUCCAGCCCGGAGUGGAAUCAGGUUUUCGCCCAAGGUUACAGCAAGGACACCGCCGCGAAUUCGACUCUCGAGAUCUCAGUUUGGGACGGCGCGUCGGAGAGGUUCCUCGGCGGCGUCUGCUUCGAUCUCUCCGACGUGCCGGUGCGCGACCCGCCGGACAGCCCGCUCGCGCCGCAGUGGUACCAUUUGGAGGGCGGCGCAGCCGCAGACGACGACCAGAACCGCGUCUCCGGCGAUCUGCAGCUGUCGGUGUGGAUCGGCACGCAGGCCGACGACGCGUUCCCGGAGUCGCUGAGCUCCGACGCGCCCCAGCCGUCCGUGUCGUACACGCGCCCUAAGGUGUACCAGUCGCCGAAGCUGUGGUACCUCCGUGUGACGGUUAUUGAAGCUCAGGAUUUACACAUAAUGCCCAAUUUGCCCCCGCUCACCGCUCCGGAGAUCCGGGUUAAGGGCCAGCUCAGUUUCCAAUCGGUCCGGACCCGGAGAGGCUCGAUGAGCCACCACUCGUCCGCGUUCCACUGGAACGAGGAUUUGAUCUUCGUCGCCGGCGAGCCUCUCGAAGACAGCCUGAUUCUGCUAGUCGAGGAUCGGACCGGAAAAGAUCCGGUCCUUCUCGGCCACGUCCUCGUUCCCGUGGGGAGCAUUGAGCAGCGAAUCGACGAGCGCCACGUUGCGGCCAAGUGGUAUGGCUUGGAAGGCGGGCCCUACUCCGGCCGGCUCCACCUACGGAUGUGUUUGGAAGGCGGCUACCACGUGUUGGAUGAGGCCGCGCAUCUCUGCAGCGAUUUCCGGCCGACCGCGAAACAGCUGUGGAAGCCGGCGGUGGGGAUUUUGGAGCUCGGGAUCCUCGGCGCCCGAGGAUUACUCCCGAUGAAAUCGAAGGGCAACGGGAAAGGCUCGACCGAUGCUUAUUGCGUCGCGAAGUACGGAAAGAAAUGGGUUCGGACCCGGACCGUCAUGGAUAACUUCGACCCGAGGUGGAACGAGCAGUACACGUGGCAGGUGUAUGACCCGUGCACAGUGAUGACGGUUGGCGUGUUCGACAAUUGGCGCAUGUUCGCUGAGGCUGGGGAGGAUCGACCCGAUUGCCGGAUCGGGAAGAUCCGGAUCCGAAUCUCCACAUUGGAGAGUAACAAGGUCUACAUGAAUUCAUAUCCUUUGAUGGUGCUGUCCCGGAGCGGGUUGAAGAAAAUGGGCGAGAUCGAGGUGGCGAUCCGGUUCGCCUGCCCGUCGUUGCUGCCUGACACUUGCGGCGUCUAUGGGCAGCCGCUGCUUCCACGGAUGCACUACCUCCGGCCCCUAGGGAUGGCCCAGCAGGAGGCUCUGCGUGGUGCGGCCACCAAAAUGGUGGCCGCGUGGCUGACGAGGUCAGAGCCUCCAUUGGGGCCGGAGGUCGUGCGGUAUAUGCUGGAUGCGGAUUCGCAUAGCUGGAGCAUGAGGAAGAGCAAGGCUAAUUGGUUCCGUAUCGUUGCGGUUUUGGCUUGGGCGGUCGGGUUGGCCAAAUGGUUGGACCAUAUCCGGAGAUGGAGAAACCCGGUUACCACGGUUCUAGUCCACAUCCUUUACUUGGUUCUCGUAUGGUACCCGGAUAUGGUCGUCCCAACCGGGUUUCUAUACGUGUUUCUAAUAGGCGUUUGGUACUACCGGUUCAAGCCCAAGAUCCCGGCGGGUAUGGAUAUCAAACUGUCUCAAGCCGACACGGUCGACCCAGAUGAGCUAGACGAGGAAUUCGACACGCUGCCCAGCUCGCGGCCACCCGAGCUGAUCCGGGUCAGAUACGACCGGUUAAGGAUUUUGGCGGCAAGGGUUCAAACAGUGCUAGGCGAUUUUGCGACCCAGGGCGAGCGGAUCCAGGCUCUGGUGAGCUGGAGGGACCCUCGGGCGACAAAACUGUUCAUAGGAAUGUGCCUUGUGAUCACGAUAAUCCUGUACGUGGUGCCUCCGAAGAUGGUGGCGGUGGCAUUGGGAUUCUACUUCCUCCGCCACCCGAUGUUCCGGGAUCCGAUGCCGCCGGCGAGUUUGAGCUUUUUCAGGAGGCUUCCCGGGCUUUCGGAUAGGUUGCUGUAGGAAAUUGUUUGUGGGGAAGAAUUUUGGUAAAAGGGGCAUCAUGAAUAACCUUGGAGAUGGUGAAAAGUGGAGAAAUUUGAGGCCUUUUUGUGUUGAUUGAACAAAUUUUUGUCCACCAAAGUAUAGACAUUCAAUUUUUAGUACUCGUGGUUUUGAAAUAAUAAUCAAGGUUGGCCUA